CCGGACGAAACGGCGCGGCGGAGGCGGCAGGCGGAGGCGGCUUCUGGGCGGGAGAGACUUCUAAUUUAACAAAACAUAAAAGGCUGCAAGACAGAAUAUAACAAGCAUUCAAACUAUGACGAUUAGGUGAUAUGUGACCCCAGAAGAAAACGAUCAGAUAAAGCAUAUGUUUAUAUUCAAGUCAGAUGGCGGAUGUGCCGCUGCACAUCCGUCUGCAUGCACCAAGGGACCUACAAAAUGUGUGACUGUCCUGUGACUGCACGUGUGACCUGCAGGAUGCAGCUUGGCUUGGAGACAACAGCACAACAGCUUAGCCCCCACCCCAGCAGCCGCCAGUGGAGGGAGGAGAGAGCCCUACCAUGAAACCCCAAGCAGCACUUUUCCUUGCUUGCUUUUGCUUGCUUGCUUGCUUGCUUGCUUGCAUCCAGCAGUCAUGGGAGCAGAAAGGAGAGUCUCCAAAACCAAGGGAAGAGGAUCCUGAGGUUGCAGAUCAAUGCGCACUGCCUUGGAAAUGUCCAUUCACUCUGUCAAGUAGAAAAACAUUCCCUAAUGUCCUGUUUCACUUUCCUUGCUUUACUCUGCUGCGGCAUCAUCAUCAAUGCAGAGGCCAUUCAGCCACGUUCUUCAUCCUCUUCUGGAGAGUACGGUGGGGGUGGAGGAAAACGUUUCUCCCACUCCGGAAACCAACUGGAUGGACCUAUAACUGCCCUUAGGAUCCGAGUGAACCGGUGGUACAUAGUGGGUCUCCAGGUCCGUUACGGCAAGGAAUGGAGCAACUAUGUAGGAGGCUCAUCCGGUGAUCUGGAGGAAAUCUUCCUGCACCCCGGCGAAUCUAUCACCCAGGUCUCUGGAAAGUACAAGAGCUACCUCAACAAACUCAUGUUAGUCACUGACAAGGGGCGCUUCUUCCCUUUCGGGAGAGACUCAGGCACCAGCUUCAACGCGGCUCCGCUCUAUCCGGGCACCGUCCUGCGUUACAUCAGUGGCAGCUCUGGUUCUGUCAUCGAUGCCAUUAGUUUCCACUGGGACAACUAUCCCACUAAUUGCCCCAGUUGUGGAAAGUGAAAGGGCAGCGCAGAGAGAGACAAGCUGUUGAAUGUGGGGAGAAGGGUGGGGGAAGAGGGCUAAUCAGGGAAGGGAUGAGCUAUCUUUGUACCUGUCUCUCUGGGUUUUAUCCACCCACUUAUUUGUGGGCUGAAUGGUUCUUUAAGCCAUCUCAGUAUCCAAGAUUGAUUCCUGUGAAUGGCUUUUCUAUCACCUGUUUUACCAUUUCCAUGGCUCUCCCUCUUUCGUACAGUCACCUACUCCUCCUUCCUUUCAUCCAUCCGCACAUGGAUGCCUUAUCCCCACUCUCAACCAUCCACCCAGCAUCCUUCAGUUCUUCCCGGACAUUUUCCGGUUCCUCUUUUCUUAAACAGUUCAACCAACAUCUGCCACAACCCUGGCCCAUAUCUUCAGAGCUUUCUCUCCUGUCAAGCAACCAGCAUCACUAACAAUUUGUGCUGACCAAUAAAAAGCAAG